AUGGAAUUCUUCAUCGACCUGAUUAGCGCCAUUAUUCCGUACAUAAGAACGGCAUUUCUCGCUAUUAUUCCUCUCGGAUUUAUUAUAUUUAUUCAUGAACUCGGUCAUUUUUAUGCCGCGAAACGGUGUGGUAUUAAAGUAAACACCUUCUCUCUCGGCUUCGGUCCGAAACUCAUCGGAUUUCAGCGAGACGAAACAGAAUAUCGGAUUUCACUAUUGCCAUUUGGCGGUUAUGUUCAAAUGGAAGGGGAGAAUCCAAACGAGCAAACCGGGACACAGGGUGAAUUCGCGAGUGCCUCGAUCAGCAAUCGUGCGUUUGUCGUUGCCGCGGGUCCCGCGGUGAAUCUCUUAUUUGGCAUAUUGGUAUACUGGUUUGUCUUUGCUACUGGGAUUAACGCCGAUUCCGCUCGGUUGAUCGGUGGAUUAACAGGCUUACCCCUCGGUGAAAAAGAGGCAAUUCAGAUCGGCUGGGUCGCUGAUGAUGGACCCGGUGCUGUGGGUGGGCUAAUGCCUGGUGAUGCAAUUGUUUCCAUCAAUGGGGACCCAAUUAGCCAUUGGGCGAUGUUCCAAACGCGGAUUUUCACCAGUGCCAAUAGACCCCUUGAUCUCGUUGUGGAACGGGAUGGUGAACGCAAGAUCCUGUCUGUUAUACCCGAUCCUGAGCCGAGUGUUAGAGGAGAUAUAGGUAUAAUUCGAGUGAGUAGUAGAACCGAGACGGUCAUCAGUCAUAUCGAAGAAGGAAGUCUCGCGGCACAAACUGGCAUCCAAGUCGGUGACCAAAUUGAGAGUAUCAACGGUAAGAAACUCCACAACGUUCCAUAUUUUGGGUAUGGUGUCUGGCAGGCUUCCGAAGACUGGCGUAUUGAGAAAUAUCAGGCACUUUAUCAAAGUAUUAACGAAAAUCAAGAUGCGUUGACACUUGGCAUCCGGCGUGGUGAUGAGACACUCACACUCGAACUGCCGGUACGUUGGCGUGUAAAGGCGAGUGUCCAAGAGAAUAGCAUCGCGCAAAACGCUGGAAUCCAAGAUGGAGACGUGCUUGUGACGCUUAACGGAUGCCAGUAG